AUGAGAGAUGAAAUAGCAACAACAGUCUUCUUUGUCACAAGAUUAGCUAAAAAACAUGAUAAACUGAGUAAACAGCAGAUAGAAGACUUUGCAGAAAAGCUAACGACAAUCUUGUUUGAAACAUACAGAAGUCACUGGCACUCUGAUCACCCUUCUAAAGGGCAAGCUUUCAGGUGUAUCAGGAUAAACAAUAACCAGAAUAAGGAUCCUAUUCUAGAAAGGGCUUGUGCUGAAAGUAAUGUGGAUUUUUCUCACCUGGGACUUCCAAAGGAGAUGACCAUAUGGGUAGAUCCCUUUGAAGUGUGCUGUAGAUAUGGUGAGAAAAAUCAUCCAUUUACAGUUGCUUCUUUCAAAGGCAGAUGGGAGGAAUGGGAAUUAUCCCAACAAGUCAGUGAUGCUGUCAAUAGGGCUGUGUUAGACUACUCUGGCACUUCCUCGGAUGAAGAGAGUUGCAACAAAGAACCUCAGAUGAUUCCUAAAGUCAGCAAUCCAAAGAGUAUUUAUCAGGUUGAAAACUUGAAACAGCCAUUUCAAUCUUGGUUCCAAAUCCCCCGCAAAAAGAAUAUGGGGGAUGGGCGGAUGGGCCUCCUGGGAAAUGCUUACCGUGUGUUGCAUAAGAUCCCCAAGGGUCACAGGCCUGCUGUGGGACACCGGGUGGACAGGUUCCACUGGGUCAACACACACCGAUAG